AUGGCGCUCCGGCUUUGGCUUGCAUUGAUGAUUCCUUUCGCUUGUGCCGAGCCACUUGGGGAGGACAUCUACCGAAAGUUUGUAGAGAUUAGCCAAGUGUUGGAGUUCAACCAUGCGCCAGAUGCACUGGAAAGCAUUCGGGACUGGGUGCAGGAAGAUGUUACGGAAUGGGCUCCGCAAGGAGAGCUGGAACUACGAAAGCAUAUCGUCACGUUGAUGUAUGGCGAUGACGAAGACGAAAUGAUCAGAGCCCUGCGAGUUUAUGGCAAUGUGUGUGAAAUGCACAUGAUGCUGGGAUCACAUCUGUUUGUUGGCGAGGCGGUCGGUAUGCAAGCCGACCCACGCAUCGCAUCUGUACUCAAUCACUUGAAGUUUGGCACGGAUGAACAGAAUGCAUAUGGCUUGGCUGAUGCCGUCUACGAGCACUUAAACUCGUCUGCGGACCUCUUCUCAUUUGGCACCAAGAUGCAGGCCGCAAGGCAGAGCAUGCAAAACCGACGUGGCUCAGAGUUGUAA